AUGUGGAGCCCACUAGAUGGCCGAGAGAUAGGACGCGUGCUUAGCGUGAUGUGGAGCCGGUGGGAGGUCAUGCUGCUCUGCCACGGUCACUAUCGGCUGGAGCGCUGGGACACUGCGUCGCGCCUUCCCAAUGACAUCCGAAUCCACGUGUUCAACUGUGUGGAUGCGUCGAUCGUCACGAUUGAAGAAUUCCUGUCACACAGCUCAUACCACCUGAAACAUAGUAGGCAGUCUAGCGUUCUGUCCUUGCGGCGGGCUAUCAAUCUGUUAAGCCUUGAUUACGCUGCUUCGCAGCACAAGCCGUACAAGUCGGCAUAUACCAGCAAUGACCGCGAUCGCAUCAGGGACGAUGGAGACCGUUACCGCAGAUCUUACUACCGCGACUAUCGAGACCGUUACCCUGGUCGCGACCACAAUCGCCGUGACAACCGUGACAGAGAUCAAGCCUGGGACUACAGCCGUGGCGAUAAUUGGGACCUCCGGGAUCGCGGCCGCGAUGACUAUCACUGUGGCUACGGCUACGGUGGUGACCGCAGCCUGUCGCGCCAUGACUGGCCUCGGCAUUGGAAUCUCCAGGUGGAAGACCCGCGGCGAAAAGCCGACACUCCGGCAGCGGCACACGUGAGGUUACGACGACGAAGCACAGCGGCAACCGACCUGCCAGCCCCACAGGUGGAUGGAAAGGCAACCGGUGCUACCAAGAGUGCAGCGAACGGCAGCAACGAUGCCGGCAGUGGGGCCCAACCGCCCAAGACCUCUGCACUCACCUCCUCCAAGGGGCGUCAGACUUCGCUAAAAGCAUCUGUUGCAGUGCCAGCGGCAGAGGCAGCCCGUGCGGCUGCAGCGCCAGUCAGCACUCGCUUGCGUGCGGUGCCAUCGGUAUUCGUGCAUUUCCAGUACGACAGCCUGCACGAGCAACAAGAAUGCAGAGUAAGGUGGAAACGUCAGUCCUGGGAGUGCUGUACACUUAAGGAAUUCAGGCUGUCGUACUUGAAGUGCACAAAUACCGACGGCACUGCACACAAGCGGCUGCUGACUGACUUCAGCGCAAAAAGCGGCGACAUGGGGUGCCACGACUAUGACCUCCGUUUCCGAGGCAGACCCCGGUGCAAGUGCCCUCGCCUUCACAGUGCCAUCGUGGGGCAGGUGACGGGCAACAGGGCGGGCAACCUAGGCUGGGUGAAUGUGCAUUGA